AUGUCGAGAUCACACACGCCCCGCUCUGGCACACCUCGGUACGGUCACGAGGAAGGCUCUGGGAAUGUGCAGUACUCUGGACAUGGAUCGGAUGCAUCGUACGGCCUCCUCGGCAAGGACCUCCAGAUGUUCUCGGAAGCUGGCUUUGACGAGUCGAUCAAUUUCAAGCGGAACGCGCCCGUAGCUCAACUUUACGAGGAUGCCAUCCGCUAUGAGGGCGCCGUCAUCUCCGACUCGGGCGCGCUGAUCAACUACAGCGGCAAGAAGACCGGCAGAAGCCCAAAGGACAAGCGUAUCGUCCAGGAAGAGACCUCCAAGGAUGAUAUUUGGUGGGGCACGGUCAACAUCCCCAUGGACGAGCACACUUUUGAGAUCAACAGAGAGCGUGCUAUUGACUACCUCAACACCCGUGAUCGUGUCUACGUCUUUGAUGGAUUUGCGGGCUGGGACCCCAAGUAUCGCAUCAAGGUCCGCGUCAUCUGCUCACUUGCCUAUCACGCACUCUUCAUGCACAACAUGUUGAUUCGACCGACGAUCAAAGAGCUCGAGGAAUUCGGCACGCCCGACUUUACCAUCUACAACGCAGGUCAAUUUCCUGCCAAUCGAUUCACCGCUGGCAUGACGUCGACGACCUCUGUUGAGAUCAACUUCAAGCGCAAGGAGAUGGUCAUCCUCGGCACCGAAUACGCUGGCGAGAUGAAGAAGGGCGUCUUCUCCGUCAUGCACUACCUGCAACCGAUCAAGUUCGGCACGCUUUCUCUCCACUCUUCCGCCAACGAGGGUCCAAAGGGCGAUGUCUCGCUCUUCUUCGGUCUCUCCGGUACGGGAAAGACAACGCUCUCAGCCGAUCCUGCUCGCAAUUUGAUCGGAGAUGACGAGCACGUCUGGUCCGACUCGGGCGUCUUCAACAUCGAAGGUGGUUGCUACGCCAAGUGCAUCGGCUUGAGCAAAGAGCGCGAGCCGGAUAUCUACAACGCCAUCAAGUUUGGCUCUGUCCUCGAGAACGUCGAAUACGAUCCCAUCACGCGCAAGCCAGACUACGACGACGUCUCGAUCACCGAGAACACACGUUGCGCCUAUCCGCUCGAGUACAUCAACAACGCCAAGUUCCCGGCGCUGGCGAACACGCAACCGUCGAAUAUCAUCUACCUCUGCUGCGACGCAUACGGUGUCCUGCCGCCAGUUUCCAAGCUCACCGCCGAACAGGCUCAGUACUGGUUCAUCUUGGGAUACACCUCCAAGACGCCAGGUACAGAAGACGGCGUUGUAGAGCCAUCGCCCACUUUCUCGACUUGCUUCGGCCAACCGUUCAUCGUCUUGCCGCCAAACUACUACGCCACUAUGCUCGCAAAGCGGAUGAACCAGGUCAAGGCAGACUGCUGGUUGCUCAACACUGGCUGGACCGGUGGCAAGUUCGGCACGGGCAAGCGUUGCCCGCUCAAGUACACUCGUGCCAUCGUCGAUGCCAUCCACGAUGGAUCGCUUGCAAAGGCCGAAUUCCAAAAUUUCCCUACCUUCAAUCUGGCCAUUCCAAAAUCGUUGCCCAAUGUGCCAGAAUCGAUCCUCAACCCGCAAAAGGCAUGGUCGGACGAGUCUGCGCGAGCGCAGAUGACCGACAAGCUUGCCGCCAUGUUCUCAAAGGCUUUCGAAAAGUACGCCAACGAUGUGAGCGAAGACGUCAAGGCGUCUGGCCCGCGACCCUCGGAGCCCACAAAAGCGACAGCUCAGUAG